CGGCGCGCGCGCGCGGCUCGGGACCAGCGGGAGAAGGAGCGGCGGCGAAGCGGUACCGGCGGCGGCUGCAUGUGCGGGUGCGGAGCGGAGUGGGCGGCGCGGGGCCGAGCGGGGCGGCGCGGCCGGAGCUGGAGCCGGGCGAGCAGUAGCCUCGCUCUCCACCGGGAUUUAUGGAGGUGCUGAGAAGCAGCUUUGAGCUUGGCAGCCCCCGGCCACCUCGCCUCGCCCGGCAUCCCAACCUUCGGAUUUAACCAUUCAAGGCUCCCGUGCAUGGAUUGCCCGAGCCAGGCACCGCUGCCGGCCACCGCCGCCCCGUAGGCUCCCGGCCCCCCUUGCCACCCCCAAGUACUCCACAUACCCCGAUGGGGUAACGUGACGGGGCCACCACCGUGCCACCACCAUCCCCAUAUGCAGAGGCCUUUCUAGAGCGCAGCACCGGAGGCGACAGCCGCUCGCCAUUGCACACGCCGAGGACGCCGACACUACAACAAAGGGAUUUUUUUUUUUUUUUUGUAAUUAUUAUUAUUAUUAUUAUCAUUAAUAUUAUUAUUACUGUUUGGCUUUCACCCCGGGGGCUUGCGGUGUGUCGAGGAAGCCGGCGCGCUCCCAGGAGCUGGGAUUAUUUGCACAACAUUUGUACAUUGAGUUCUCGAUUCUCUUCUGUUGUUUUUUUUUGAGUGCAGAGAGGGGUAUUGGUUUUUCUUUUCCCCUCCACGCCACACUUUUCUUGGGUUUUUCCAUCAUCAGCGUCACCUCCACAUCAUCCUCCUCUUGUCCCAUCAUGGCCCGGAUGAACCGUCCUGCGCCGGUGGAGGUCUGCUACAAAAACAUGAGGUUCCUCAUCACCCACAACCCCACCAACGCCACGCUCAGCACCUUCUUGGAGGAUCUGAAGAAGUAUGGUGCCACCACAGUUGUGCGAGUGUGCGAAGUGACCUACGACAAGACCCCACUAGAGAAGGACGGCAUCACUGUCAUGGAUUGGCCGUUUGAUGAUGGAGCACCUCCUCCCAGCAAGAUAGUGGAAGACUGGCUCAACUUACUGAAGACUAAGUUCUGUGAAGACCCCGGCUGCUGCGUGGCCGUGCACUGUGUGGCUGGCUUGGGGCGCGCUCCUGUCCUCGUUGCCCUGGCUUUGAUUGAGAGUGGGAUGAAGUAUGAAGAUGCCAUCCAGUUCAUCCGACAAAAGCGCAGAGGAGCCAUCAACAGCAAGCAGCUGACAUACUUGGAAAAAUACCGACCAAAGCAGAGACUCCGGUUUAAGGAUCCUCAUAACCACAAGAACAAAUGCUGCAUCAUGUAACCUCAAUGACCUCUUGCCAAAAUUUGUGCACACAGACACCCGGGCACUCGCACACAUCUCCCCUGUCUCUUCCCAGCCCCGUGCACACCACGCACUGCCCCAUUCGUGGACCCCACUGCUGGGGGCUGGGGAGGAGGGGGACACAGAGCACCGCCAACAUGUCCCGGCACCUGGAGCGCACUUGCCUUGCUGAAUCCCUAAAAAAGGAUGCUCAGUUCAGCUGCAGCACCAAAAAGGGAAGGCAGUGCUGCCCUUUGACUCUUGAGAUUAGCAGGCAGUGAGUUCGUGUGCCGGUUCUUUGUCGCCUUCCUUCUCCUCUUCCUCUUCCCCUUCCCUUCCUGUUGCACUGAGAUCAAGUCCGGCACAAGGAGAAUGUGCACAGGGGCACUUGUUUUGGGGGUAUGCAGGUAGGGCUGUGCCAUCCAUGGAGGGAUGGGGAGCAGGAAGGCUGGGGUACCCACAGAAAAAAACCCUUUCCCACCUCUUCCCCCCCAGAAAAGGGCUGCAGCAGUGGGAAUGGAGGUGGGGAUGGCUCAGUGACCUCGGGAGGAAGAUGGUGAUGGCAAGGAGAGGAAGGGGGCUUGUAGCAUGGUGAUCAUGGGAACGGCUGAGCUUCGUGCCCCAAAGCACCAUCCCCUUUCUCCUGCCCCCUCUCCAUCACCAUCUCCCUAUGGGGUUUGCAGGAGGCUCACUGCCCCUCUGGGCCCUGCAGGUAUACAGCAAAGGCAUCAGAAAAUUUGGAGAUGAUGGCAGGGCCUUGAGGCACCCAGCUUUCAGGGGUGCAGCGUCAACGAGUCUCCCCAGAGUGCUAGAUGCUCUUACUUACGGCUUCCAAACUCAAUGCACAGAGUGGUGGUUUCUCUCCCACCAUGUCCCCUCUGCUGAGCUUGCAGUGAUGCUGUGGGACUGAGCUUGUGCUCAGCAUCUUUGCCAUUGUAUCCCCAAGCCACGGUGCAAACCAAGUUCUGGCUGCGAUGCCCUGUGAACCCAAAGUGCAUCUUGGGGCAUGUCCACACCCUCCACCAUUACGUUUGCUGGCCAAGGGGCUGAGUGCAGCUUUCCUGGGGGAUUUUGGGUGCUCCCAGCAAGAGCACAUCACCAAAUUUUGCACCUGCCUUUCUUCCCUGCCUGAUGGCAUCUGCAAUGUACAUGGCACCCGGCACCCCAAAACUUCACCAGUAUGUGCCAUGGGGUGGAUACAGAGCUGCCCCUGAUCCAGGACGGGAAACAUCUCUCAACUUUCUGCCUUUGAAUGCUUGCAGCAGCGGGAGCAGUGGGCAUGUAGGGGGCACAGGUGUGGUUUUUCUUUUGAUGAGGGUAAGAAGAAAUUUGCUAAUUAAAGGAAAAAAAAAAAUCUGUUUGUCUUCCGCACGUCCUCUGGCCUUUAUUUCUCCCAUUGCUGCCCUGUAGAGCCCAGGAGGUAACUCACAGCCCUCCAGACUGAUCCACAGCACUAUCUCUGGGACAUUCAUGUGGCCCAAGUAAUGCUCCAUGUAUCCCAUGGGCUCACUGUCACUCACCCCUCAGCUGCAGAGUCACAGAUGUUUGGGCAAGGUGAGCUAGUCACCCAGCAUCUUGUGGUUUGGGGCUGCCCAACUUGAGAUGCCUUCAGUGCCCUGUGUUGGGUGUCCAAAGGUUUGUGUGCCUUCUGAAAUGCAGGCUGUCCAGAAACAGUUCGGAGGGCUCAUUUCUGGGGGUAAAUGGUGAGCAAGUCAGGAUGAGCUUGGAACCUUUUCUAGAGAGCUAGAUCCACUGUAUGGCAGGGAUGACCACCUCGGGAAAAACUGAUGGUACCAAGCAAGGUGGACCUGUUAUACCAAGCUGUUAUACCAAGACCUACAUAGUGGGUCUGCCCAAGAUCCCUUGAGCUUCUGCUGCCCCAUUUCAGGCUGUUGAUUCCCAUCUUUCAUGGGGAAGGCAGUGGUGUCUGGAGGGUCUGCUCUGUUGGGAAGGGUGAUGAAUUAGGCUGAUUAAAAGGCCUGAUCCUGUAUUAAAGCAAUCUCUCUGGCUGGGUCAUCCUCCCCUUCCUGCCCCAUCAUGUCCUGCUGCUAAAAUAGGUGCUGUGGCUGCUGCUUCAUCCACAGAGGUUUUGGGAAGUGGCUUGACGUUGUGACUGAGACAGCCCCAAUUCCUCUUAGAGACCUAUGGAGGGUUCAGGAUAAAGUGAUGGGAACCAGCAUAGAGAUAUUUCUGCUCUGACAAAGGGAGGAGAAAUGUUGAAGUCUGUGCUUGUUUUGGGGUCACUGUGGGGCGGGCUUUGCAGUGCUUCUUCACUUCAUGUAGCAUCAACCCAACCACCUUAAAAAUAGGGAACUCCUCAUGCAAGACCAGUCCUUGACCUGGAAAAAUCCAUGUGGCCAAAUCUUGAGCACCUCUGGCUGGCAGAGCAGUGUCUUGAUGUCCUUCGGUUUUGUGAGUCACUGCAGAAGAAACCAUGCUGCUUUAAUUGCCCUAUUUUUUUUUUUUCUCUAAUGGAUGUUUCCUCCUGUCAUGGAACUUUCUGUCACCUCCCAUGUGCUGCUCUGCAGACAGGUCACCUCGACAGCUCAGGAGCUGCCAACCUUGCACAGAGGGUUUUAACUCUCUGAGGUUUCUCUGUGUUGGACAGCCAAAUAUUUGGAAUUUUUUUAAUAGGGACUUGGGCUCCUUCCUCCAGGGUACCAGCUCCUCAGUGUUUCAGCCUAAGGUCAGUUACAGAAACACAACAUGGUGGGGAAAUGGAGGGUAUGCCAACUGGGCUUUGGGUUAGAAAUCUCAAAUAAGCCAGUUCCUUAAUGUAAAUCUAAGGGAUGGUAAUAGCGAAGGUUGGAGCUCAGUAGAUACAGAGCACCUGAGCAAGUCUUCGGUGACCAAGGGCUUGUAGCUUGGCUGAUUGUGCAGUCUCUCUUUAUUCUAAUCCCUGCUUCAUCUCAGAUGCCAGAACAUCUUGAAAGAAGAGAUGUAAAAAAUCUGCUAUGUUUUCCAGUUUUGUCAUGGCUCCAAUUGUCUUUAUUGGGUCUUGCAGAAGUCAUAGGGAAUGGGCACCUCCAUGGCUUUGGCUGCAAACAAACCACCUAAUCCUGCCCUCAUCUGCAGAAGCAAAGGCACAAACUGUGUUUCAUCCUUCCUGUCCCUAUCCUUCUCCUUCCCCUCCUCCAUGGAAACC